GAGAAGAAUGACAUGAGGGGAAAAACACAAAGUUGUCAUUUAGAACAUUUUGGAGCCAAGCUUCAUCGUUUACGGCCACUGAACGGCAGAAAUAAUCUAACGUUUCUGGUCAUCAGGAAAAGGAAGAGCAGCCAUGGCUCUUCCCUCUGCCUUUCUCUCGGAAGAACAGUUCACCUGCUCAAUAUGUCUGGAGAUGUUCAAGAACCCAGUCUCCACCCCGUGUGGCCACAGCUUCUGCCAGUCCUGCCUCUCUACCUACUGGGACGGCAGAGGAAGAGGGCAGGCUGCAAAGGCUUACCAGUGUCCGCUGUGCAAAGAGUCCUUCAGCAACCGGCCAGAGCUCCAGAUAAACCGAACCUUGAGGGAAAUCACCGAACAGUUCAAGCAGAUGUCACAGUCUGAUGGGGGAGCCGGAGGAGGAGGGGAACAUCUCGGCUUGAGGGCCCAACAAUCAGGCCCGUCUCCACCAGCGAGACCGGGGGAGAUGCCAGAACGUCUCCUGGUAGAAAUGAUGGCACGUUUCCAGGGGCUGACGCCGCCUUCACCUCACCAGGGCUUCCAGACGCAGAACAACCACGACCCGCCGCCACCCUACUCCCCUUCUCUCAGGCGCGGCGCCGCUCAAAGUCUCCCUGAUGUCCAACCCAACCUGCCGCUGUGUCCCAUCCACAUGAGAGGCAUGGAGUUCUUCUGCCGCACUGACAACAUGUGUGUGUGCAGUGUGUGUGUGGAGAUGGCAGACCACCGAGGACACAGCGUCGCCCCUGCUCAAAGAGAGUGGCACAUUAAGAAGUCGCAGUUAGGAAUCCAUGAGAUGGAGUUGAAAGAGCUCAUCUGCAUGAGAGAGAGGAAAGUGGAAGAAAUACGCAACUCCAUUCGGAAAAUAAAGGCUGCGGCGGAGAUGGAGAUAGAUGGAGUUGUUUGUGCUUUGACGAAGCUAAUCUCUACAGUGGAGCACUGCCAAUCCAGAAUCUUGGAGGUGAUAGAGAUGACUGUCACAACAGCAGAGAGCAGAGCUCGGAGUUUGCUGAAAGAGCUGGAGGAGGAGAUCGCUGCCCUGAAGAAGAGGAGCGCAACUCUGGGCCAGCUGGCUGUUUCUGAAGAUUAUGUGCUGUUUUUUAAGACAUUCCCUGCCUUGUCCUCGCCCCCACAGGCGAAGGACUGGUCCAACGUCUCCGUGUCGUCUCAGUCCACCUCUGAAGGGAUUCUCAGGACCAUCAGUCAGAUGGUGGAGCGACUCCAGCUGGACCUGCAGAACCUGCCAGAAGCCCGCCAACAACCGUCACCAGCUCCGCCGCUCCCUCGGCCAAUCCCGAGAAUAAGAAGAAUUCAGGAAUUAUCAGAGGACAUCACCCUGGACCCCAGCACAGCUCACCCGCGCCUCAUCAUCUCAGCGGAUGGAAAGCAGGUCCAGUGCGGCGACCGCCAUCAGCCGGUCCCAGACAACCCAGAGCGGUUUGACCGCGUGGUGUGUGUGAUGGCCCAUCAGGGAUUCACCUCAGGACGCCAUUACUGGGAGGUGGAUGUCAGCAGUAAAACCGACUGGGACUUGGGAGUAGCGAGCCGGUCCGUCAUUAGAAAGGGUAAAAUCCCAGUGAGCCCCGCCCACGGCUACUGGUUCCUCAGCCUGCGGGAUCGGACCGACUACGCCUUCAGAACGGAUCCGGCCACCAGCCUGACAGUCGCCACCAGACCGUCGCGGGUCGGCGUCUAUAUAGACUGUGAUAAAGGACUGUUGUCCUUCUACAACGUGGAGGCCAAGCUGGUCAUCUUUACUUACACAGACAGUUUUAAAGACACCAUCCAUCCGUUCUUCAGCCCCUGCACCAAUAAAUCAGGGCAGAACGCGGCUCCUUUAGUAAUCUGUCCUACUGCAGUGACAGAAUGAAUGAGCCAGUGUUCAUAAUCUUCACUUAUGUUGAAUGCCAGAGCUCAUUGUAAAUGUUUCUAUUGCAGAAAUCUGAAUUUUACUUCGUUUUCAGUGAAUGCUGAAAGAAAUAUUCAACCUUAAAGAGUGUGAGAAAGUCAAAAUGACUUCAGAUUGUAUGUAAAGAUUAAAGAACUACUGGCAGCUGCUGUCAGUUUGUUUUUACUGUUUCCUGAAAGGUGCGAUGCAAUUUAAUGGAUGUAACAUAGUAAUAUAUUAUAGCUCUCAAACACCCCUGUUGAAAUAUUAGCAUUUUGUGUUAUAAAUAAAUCAUUUGAAAACAUA